AAUCACUCAUACGACCGGCCCAAACUUUAAGCGGCCCACCGAGAUUUUCUCGGUAGCUCGCCUAACCAAUCCGGCCCUGGUUGGCAAUAGUUCAAAAUUUAUUUAAACAAGGUGUGUUAACAACGAUUCAUGUGGAUUCAACAGGAUCAGUUGUUAGGCCCCCACAGAACUCAACAAAACUAACUAUUUAUUAUUAUGCUUGUGUAGUGCGUAUAAGUAACUGAUAUGGUCAGUGCAACGCAUGAUAGAGAAACUGUAACAGAAUGGUUGAAAUGUUUCAAAGAUCUAAUAAUUGUAAAAGAUCCAAGUAUCUGGCCGCCUAUCAAAAAUCUUGUAACUGAUUUCAAUUGGGCUUUUAUGCAUGGUAUUUCUAAAGCAUGGAAUGGUAAAGAAACAAUAUUUGAAUACCUGGAUAUGUGUCAUCGAAUAUUAACUGGAAAAGAAACAUUGUCAUAUAGCACAGUAGUUAUUACUUCUUGUACAAACCAUUAUGUUAAAAAUAUUCUGACCCAUGUUGAACGGUAUUAUCCAGAUGAUGAAAAAACAGCGUUUUAUAUAGCCAGAUGUGUUGGGUUAGUGUUUGAAAUGAACAAUUAUGAAGAAAUCAAACAUUGGUUUAAGUUGCUGUCGACUAUGAUCUUGUCAGACAAGUCAACGGAAAUGUGUAAAGCAGCAAGUAUGGAAAUGAAAUUAUACCUACAAACAAACAAUGGAUUAGUUGAGUAUGAAAUUGAAAAGUUUGAUGACGAUCAAAAUUACUCUUGUGGUAAAACCACUGAUACCUCGUAUUAUGCCGAAAGAAAGAAAUCUGCAUUUUAUCAUGAUUUUAAACAAAUAUUUGACACUGUGAAAAAAAUAGUAAAUAUUCCCUCACAAGAUCAUAAUCACCUAGAUGUUAAUAGUAUGUAUUCAGAAGAGUACUUGUUACAUUUCCUUAUUGAAAAUGUGCCAUACAUACCUCUGUGGACAAAAGUUAUGACUACUCUUAUUCAUCUGGAAGAACGCCAGAGUAAUGCAUCAGUAGAAAGUUGGUUUAAUUUAGUGAAAAAUCAUAUUUUAGCAGGCAAAAGAAGAAUGAAAUGUGGUAGGUUUAUUGAAAAUAUAACCCAAUAUGAAGCUCAAUGCUUUAGACAGUUUGAAUUACAAAUACCUAAACGUAUAUGUGCCAUAAAAAAAAAACUGAUUGUGACGAGGACAACUUGCAUAUAAAUACUCCAGAAACUUGGAGGAAGAAAGGAAAACGUCCAGCAUUCUUGAUAAACAAUAAUACAAUUUUAGGCAAAAGUUAUGGUGAAAACCAACCAAGUUGUCUGUCAUUAAAUAUACAGAGCCAAGAUACAACACUACAACAGGGUGUUGUAUUACAUUCAAAAGGAGAUGAGUUUAAUAAUGAUCAUCUCACUGUUUGCAGUCAAACAGAUCAACCAAUUGUGCGCAGUUUGGAUAUAGGUGAGCAAUUAUUUGAUAACCUCAGUGACGUCAGUGAUCACGAUUGUCUAUUUACAAGAGAAAAAAGUACAAGUCCACGAGUCAUUGAGAAUAUAAAUAAAACUGUUGUUAAUGCUUCACCUGUGGCUUCGACUGCCCAAAUUCUAUCAGACACUUGUGAGCACGCAGUUGUAUGGGAAUCGUCCACUGAUAAGUCUCCAACAGGAAAUUACAACUUAUACCGUACGAACAAAUUGGUGAAAGAUCCAAUGUAUUACAUGAAGUCUUAUUGUGGAGUUGAAAAAUAUGUGGUAUCGCAAAUUUCUUUUGAAAACGAAGAGAUAGAAAUAUCUUCUUUAGAUUUUUUGAAUUUAAACACUAAAGGCGAUACUAGUAUGCUUUGGUUACAGAAUAAAGAAAUAUGUAUGGUGUUUGUUACAGAUAUUUUUGGAGAGAAAUUCAAGGUCUUGGAUCACUAAAAAAAGACAGCAGUUAGGCUGUGUGAGCCCAGAGCAAUCUUAUUAUAUGUUCAAUCUUGGUAGAAAUGUUGAAGAUUCUACAGCUAGCAGACCUGAAUGGAUUGAUUCAUCAAGGUUAUUAAUAUCUUUACUGGAAAAAGACCACUGGACUUUGAUCUAUGUAGAUUUUAUAAAAAAAAAAGUUAUCGCUCAAACUUACAGGAUUUGGUUCUAUGAAGUUCAAAGUGUAUGAAGAACAUUUGCUUAAUUUGUGGAAAAGACGAAGGUAGUUUUAAACAAAAUUAUGAUUGUGAAAUGGAUAGUACAAUGGUUCAGUGUGGGUCUUGUACUAGAUGGCUGCAUAUCUCAUGUUUAGCAGAAAUGGAGCAAAAAGAAUUUGAAAACCCAGAUUGGGUUUGUGGACUGUGCUCAAAUCAAUGUCCUACUAUCUAAAAUAAAUUCUUAUAAACAUAA